AAAAAUCAAAAUAAGCAGGUGCGGCCGUUUCAAUACGGUAUGAAGAGGGUCCGUUAAAAACGAGCGAGAAGGACAACAGUGAUGCGGCAGCCGAAGUGGGCCCAGAUUGAUGGUUUUAUGAUCAUAUCAUCAUCCACCGUCAGGACCGAUCACUGAUUUUACUGAUAAGGAGCAUCAUCGAGGAGUAUACACUAGCCUAUAGGCUAAACUGACCUGGGGUCCGUUGGUUUGUUUGUUUUGAUCUGGAUAAGCAGGAGGAGAUUCGUCGGUGCUUGAGUGCAGUGGUUUCUUUACAUAAGGAGCUGUGUGAGAUCAGUUAUAGAAAUAAAUAUCCACAUACAGGCCGAUGACUUAGUGUGUGUGUGUGUGUGUGUGUGUGACGCCAAUACAGCAGCAGAGAGGCGUGCGUGUGUGCGCGCGCGCGUGUGUGUGUGUGUGUGAGGAGACGCGCCUGUCUGAGCAUCAUCUGGUAGCUGCACAGGCUACUUCUCCACGGGGAUGAUAAACAAGUGAUUUUUGAUCUGUGCGUGAAAAACAGAAGAUUCAGGGAUGCUGCUGCUGCCUUUUCCAGUCCGGCUCUGAUAGAGACUGCGAGGCGCACAGCACGGGACUGGGCAUCCAGAAAAUAUCUCUCCUCACCUUUCCUCCGCCUCUGCUCCUUCUCCCCCCUUUAUCUCUCCCCCCUCUCCUCCUUCUCCCCCCUCCUGAGCGUCUAUUCAUACUGAUCAAUUGAUAAUUUGUGAUUCAGAAAGCCACCCACUCCUCCAUCCUCUCCUCCAUUCACCCAUACAUCCUCUUAAACGCAACCUUUACGCACUCACACACGCAAAGGCACGCACGCACCACCGCCAUCUACAUCUACAGCCACCAUGGAGACGACCAAGCUGCCUCCGACCAGCCCGUCCUCGCCGACCACCAGCUUCUCGGUACCGUCCGCGGAGAAGGUGGACGGCUUCCCGCGGAGGUCGAUGCGCAGAGCCCGGCAGAGGAGGUCCCACAGCUCGUCCCAGUUCCGCUACCAGAGCUCCCAGGUGGAGCUCACCCCGCUGCCCCUGCUCAAAGACGCCCCGGUGGCAGAGUUACAUGACCUGUUCUGUAAGAAGCUGCAGCAGUGCUGCGUGCUGUUUGAUUUCCUGGACUGCGUGGCUGACCUGAAGGGGAAGGAGAUCAAACGUGCGGCACUCAACGAGCUGGUGGAGAGCGUGGCCACUAGCAGAGGAGUCCUCAUAGAGCCUCUGUACCCAGAGGCAAUAAAGAUGAUCUCUGUAAAUAUCUUCCGGACUCUCCCACCAAGCGAGAAUCCAGAGUUUGACCCUGAAGAAGAUGAGCCCACACUCGAAGCCUCAUGGCCGCAUCUGCAGCUGGUGUACGAGUUCUUUCUGCGUUUCCUGGAGAGCCCGGACUUCCAGCCCUCCAUGGCCAAACGCUACGUCGACCAGAAGUUUGUCUUGCAGCUCCUGGAGCUGUUUGACAGUGAGGACCCCAGGGAGAGGGAGUACCUAAAGACCAUCCUGCACCGUGUCUAUGGAAAACUACUGGGCCUACGAGCCUACAUCCGCAAACAGAUAAACAACAUCUUCCUCAGGUUCAUCUAUGAAACUGAGCACUUCAACGGAGUCGCGGAGCUUCUGGAGAUCCUUGGCAGCAUCAUAAAUGGCUUUGCCCUGCCCCUAAAGGCUGAACACAAGCAGUUCCUGGUUCGGGUUCUCAUCCCGCUACACACAGCAAAGUCCCUUUCCAUUUUCCACGCACAGCUGGCCUACUGUGUGGUGCAGUUUAUGGAGAAAGAUGCUACAGUGACUGAAUAUAUCAUCAGAGGGCUGCUCAAAUACUGGCCAAAAACCUGCACGCAGAAAGAGGUGAUGUUCCUGGGGGAGAUUGAAGAGAUCCUGGAUGUGAUCGAGCCGUCUCAGUUCAUCCGGGUGCAGGAGCCGCUCUUCAAGCAGAUCGCGGCCUGUAUCUCCAGCCCUCACUUCCAGGUAGCGGAGCGGGCUCUUUACUUCUGGAACAACGAAUACAUCCUCAGUCUGAUAGAGGAGAACUGUCAAGUCAUCCUGCCGCUGGUGUUCGCCACUCUCUACAGAGUCUCCAAGGAGCACUGGAACCAGACCAUCGUGUCUCUGAUCUACAACGUGCUGAAGACCUUCAUGGAGAUGAACAGCAAGUUGUUUGAUGACCUCACUGCCUCCUACAAAGUGGAGAAACAGAAGGAGAUGAAGCGAGACAGGGAGCGUGCAGACCUCUGGCGAGGCCUGGAGGAGCACCAGGAGCGCCGGAUGCAGAUGCUCACUGAGGCCGCAAGGAACCAGCGCAACCUCCAGGAGCGAGGCGAGAGAGGGGACCCGGCGACCCCUUCAUCCCCGCAGACGGCUAACUCCGACCAGCCCGAGCUCAAGCCCAGCGGGGCCUCCUCUUCCUCCUCUGGAGCCGGGGAGAGCGCCACCUAGGUGCAGCACCAGAUUAGAUAACAGGGGGGAUAGGGGACAGAGAGAAGAUAUGAGGUUGGUGGUGAAAGGGUUGGGAUCUCAGAUGGAAAAGGUACAAAACAAAUCUGCAUUUCUUUUUAUCUUGUAUCAUCGAGGGGGUGGCUUUUUGUGAAAGAGCGCACAAAACUCAGUGAUACGAGGUAAAGACUGUACCUUUUUUCUGAUUGUGUGAAACUGGUUCACUUUUUGCUGUACACACAUUAUGUUGCAGAUCAGAAGAUGAAUAUUGUCCGAAAGUGCAGACUGUCAUUUUAAUUAACGGCUGGUGUAUUAAACUGCAGGUCAGUGCCCAAAAUUUGUAGCUGGCCUGCUUCAAAUCAGCCUCAAAGUAAGAGAUGAGAUUUCUCUUAUGGUGCAGCACUUACCAGGUUUAACAUGUGUCUAACUUGUCUUGAUAUUAAACCAACCAACAGUCAGAGUCUGUACUGUGGCCUUGUAUUGAUCUUUUGGUCAGAGAUGCUUAUUUCAUGCGUGGAUAGCACAAUACAUUAAUAAACAAAAGAAGCAAUUUCACACAAAUGUCCCAAAACUGUUGCCGCACAGACCAGACACACAAACCCUCACAUACACGCAGACGCAGGUACAUAUUUACUGUAAAUAUGAGAUGACAGAGCUAGAGAGGGAAAGUGUAUCCAGGUCAAACAAAUCUCACACACCAACAAAUCAGUGCACCAAGAUAUUCACACAUACACGCACACACACACACGCACACACACACACACACACACACACGCACACACACACAGACAGACACAGACACACACAGCUGGUUCUGGCGCUAAAUCCUCUCCCAAUUUUGUCGGGUUCCAUCAAAGGACGAGCCUAAAGUCCCUCGAGGUUAAAUAGCAACUGAUGAAGAUGAUGAUAAUGAUAUAAAGUACAAUACUGUUCCUUCUUCUUACUUGUUACUCUACUACUACUACUCUACUCUACUCUAAGUACUACUGAUGAUGAUGAUGAUAAUGUUUUUAUAUAUAUACAUAUGUCUCUGGAUAUUUCUGUAGUGUAUUAUGGGAGAAACACUAGUGUAGCAGAUACCAUGAAGGGGAAGGCUGGCCUUGAAUUCUGAAUUCACAUCACAUGUUAACUGUAUGAGGCCAUAAUGUGAGUGCUGAAAUUCAGCGGAAUUCCCCUUUAACAGACCUUAAAGAGGGGAGGAACGAACUGGAUUAGCAGCGGCUGUUUUUCUUUUCUUUUGAAAUUUCGGUUGUCAGUGGUGCAGUGGUUGUAUAUUAAAGGGGUAUUUCUUGAAAUCCAAAAACAUUCCAUGUUUAAGAUCAUUACUAUGUUUUUUAUGUUUGUUUGAAGGUGCCCUGUGGAGAAACAAAGUUAUGUUUACAUUCAGUGUUAACUCACCAAAACGCAUUGUGUGUAUCCCUGGGGCUUGACAAAGGUGCUGAAUGCAUUUCCUUCCUAAUAAAACAUUUGCAAAGCCAAUUUUUAAAAAUAUUUUAACUCUUGCAUUGUUUACAUCCAUGUUUACUUGCUAGUAGUCCUCUUCUUUGCUGCCUUUGUUGGCAUAUUGCUAAAUUUCUUUGCGCAUUACGUCAGUGGAAUAGCAUUAAACUGGCAGCAUAAUGUGAAUCAAAUUGCAUGUGUGCUCAUGUGCAAAGAUGUCCAACCGUAUUCACGAUGCAUACAUGAUGGGGACCCAUUCAUAAAAAACAUUGCUCUAUACUACGAUGCUACUAGGGGUGAAAAACUCCACAGGGCACUUUAAUUUUUAUGUUGCGGGACACAUUGAUUUUUUAAAUAAAUUUAAUAAACUGCCUGGGUUGCAUGUUACAAAGUUGAA